AGGUUAGUGCUCUUCAUAUCUCACAGCUUCCUUCAUCUCUUCAGGUUUUUACUCUCUCCUUCCUUAUGUCUCAGUUCCUCACAUGUUGUUGGCCUCUCAGGAUUAUCUUUGUGGUGGGUGAGGAGACGGUAGAGGCAAGGGCGACACUCACAGUGGAAAAAAGCACAGCCUUCGAAUUGACUCUGCAGGUGGAGGCACAGUAUGGUCUCGUCCUGUAUGAGUGCCGGGCCCUCAACACAAACAUCACUUUCCACUGCACCAUCAAUGGCACUUGCAGUACCUCCUACAGGAGGCUCCGGCCUGGCAGCAAGUUCAACAUCCUGAUAGUAUGGAGACAAAAUGUGGAGAGACUGUUGAACUACACACAGACACAGGAGGAGUCUAUCCUGCAGACUGAUCUGUCUGUAUGGGUACUGAACCAAAGAAACCACACUGAUAACCACCGCCACCUCCAUCUCUUGCCCAGGGUCUCGCCUAUCUUUGAUCUUUC